UGCUAGUGCUCAAUGAACAUCCCUGAGUCUCACUUGGAACUUCAACGCGUGAACAUCAUCAGACGCUCGUGCAUAUUUCUAUAAAUCAUUAACGAUCAUAAUAUAAAAACUAAACGCGAAAACUGAAUUAUAUCAUUUUAAUUAUUACCAAUAAAGCUAUAAAAUUAAAUGAAAAACUAUUGAAUCCAUCUUGCUAUUUAUCAAACGUGGUUUUUUGUUGAUCCAUAAAUAAAGAAAAAUAAUUCUGAAGCUAUGAAUGCGCCGCAGCCGGGUAUGAGUAUUCAGGAGUUUCGUAUUCGUGGCAAAGAAAUGGUUGAGUACAUUUGUAAGUUCAUGAGCGACAUUGGAGAUCGAAGAGUAACUCCAGAUGUUGGUCCUGGUUAUUUAAGGCCUAUGUUGCCCACCGAACCACCUGUGGAUCCUGAACCUUGGGAUGAUAUUAUGCAAGACGUGGAAUCUAAAAUAAUGCCAGGUAUAACGCAUUGGCAGCAUCCACGAUUCCAUGCAUACUUUCCAGCUGGAAAUUCGUUUCCUUCUAUUCUUGGGGAUAUGCUCUCCGAUGCUAUUGGUUGCAUAGGAUUCUCUUGGGCUGCCUCACCUGCUUGUACAGAAUUAGAAACGAUAGUUUGCGAUUGGUUAGGAAAAGUUAUUGGUUUGCCGAAUGAUUUUUUAUACUUCAGUGAGAAUAGUCAAGGUGGAGGUGUUUUACAAGGUUCAGCUUCAGAAUGUAUUUUAGUAUGUAUGUUGGCUGCUCGAGCUCAAGCUAUAGCUAGAUUAAAAGAGUCAUCAGCAUAUUCGCAUUUAGAUGAAACUGCACUUUUGGGUCGAUUGAUGGCUUACUGCAGCCGAGAGAGUCAUAGCUGUGUUGAAAAAGACGCAAUGAUAUGCUUUGUUAAAUUACGGAUACUCGAACCUGACGAGAAAAGCGUACUUCGAGGAGAGACUUUACGACAGGCCAUUGAAGACGAUGUAUCAGCAGGUUAUGUACCAUUUUUUGUAUCUACGACCCUCGGCACUACAGCUUGUUGUUCUUUUGACAAUUUAGAGGAAAUUGGUCCUCUUUGCCAAAAAUAUCCAGGGAUAUGGCUUCACGUUGAUGCAGCAUACGCUGGCAACUCUUUCAUCUGUCCGGAAUUAAAGUACCUAAUGAAAGGAAUCGAAUAUGCAGAUUCAUUUAAUACGAAUCCGAAUAAAUUUCUUCUGACAAACUUUGAUUGUUCUUGUCUUUGGGUGCGUGAUAGGUUUAAGCUAACAAGCGCUUUAGUUGUUGAUCCACUUUAUCUUCAGCAUACACACACAGAUACGACGAUUGACUACAGACAUUGGAGUAUUCCAUUAAGUAGAAGAUUUCGAUCCCUGAAAUUAUGGUUCGUGAUACGAAAUUAUGGUAUUUCUGGGCUUCAAGCAUACAUUCGCAACCAUGUGCAGCUUGCCAAACGAUUCGAGAUGCUUGUAAAAAAGGAUUCAAGAUUUGAAUUGUGCAACGAAGUCGUGUUAGGCUUGGUCUGCUUUCGUGCUAAAGGAUCAGACAAAUUAAAUCAAAAACUUUUGAGUGCUAUUAAUGAUUCUGGGAGAAUACAUAUGGUGCCGGCAAAGGUUAACCAACGAUACACAAUACGAUUUGCUCUUGCAGCACCAAAUGCAACAACCGAAGAUGUUGACAUCGCUUGGGGAGUCAUCACAGAUUUCUUAUCAGAGAUUUUGGAAUCAAAGGAUGUGAUGGACGAACUUGCUGAUAUACGAGAAAAAAAAAGAAAAGCUACUCUGGAGCAAAGACGCUCAUUCUUCGUUCGUAUGGUGUCUGAUCCUGCGAUCCAGCCUGGUUUUACUAAAACACCAAAUCGUACAAAACUAGACACUCAAGCAACAAUUGGGGGGCACAGUUUAAAUGUGCAACCAUCCGCGCGCUCAUGGAUUUCAUGGCCACUUGCAUAUUUAAUGCAAGCUCGCGAUGCUGCUGACACAAGUGAACUGUCACUCAGGUUUCGUCACUUGGACACGAUGGUGCGAUUAAAAACUAGUGGUACUGGAAGUCGACGAGGAAGCACCAAUGGAUACAGUCCAGAGCAAUCGCCUUCCGUUUCACCAUUCCGUGCUAGGUCCCCCGAUGGAACAGCUUAAAGAACAUACUGCGUACUAUUUAUCUAAAUAAUAACUCUGAAUAUUUGAAGCAAUUAAUGUAAGCUUAUAGUAUCUUGUUAUCAACAUGGAUAAAGAUUGUUGAUUCAUAUAA